GUUCCAGGACGAGCGCGCCGUGCCCGCGGAGAGCGCGCCGUGCGGGAGGUUGGCGGCCAGCAGGCUGCAUGGCGCGCUGCGAGAGGUUGCGCGGCGCCGCCCUGCGCGACGUGCUAGGCCGGGCGCAGGGGGUCCUGUUCGACUGUGACGGGGUGCUGUGGAACGGUGAGCGCGCCGUGCCGGGCGCCCCAGAGCUGCUGGAACGGCUGUCGCGGGCGGGCAAGGCGGCGCUGUUCGUGAGCAACAACAGCCGGCGCGCGCGGCCCGACCUUGCCCUGCGCUUCACAAGCCUUGGCUUCGGGGGGCUGCGCACCGAGCAGCUCUUCAGCUCCGCGCUGUGCGCUGCGCGCCUGCUGCGCCAACGCCUGCCCGGGCCUCCGGACGCGCCGGGCGCCGUGUUCGUGCUGGGUGGCGAAGGGCUGCGCGCCGAGCUGCGCGCUGCGGGGCUGCGCCUGGCCGGGGACCCGGGCGACGACCUGGGCGCUGGGAACGGCGAGGCCCCGCGCGUGCGUGCCGUGCUCGUGGGCUACGACGAGCACUUCUCCUUCGCCAAGCUGAGCGAGGCGUGCGCGCACUUGCGCGACCCCGACUGCUUGCUCGUGGCCACGGACCGUGACCCAUGGCACCCGCUGAGCGACGGCAGCCGGACUCCUGGCACCGGGAGCCUGGCCGCUGCAGUGGAGACGGCCUCGGGACGCCAGGCCCUGGUGGUGGGCAAGCCCAGCCCCUACAUGUUCGAGUGCAUCACGGAGAACUUCAGCAUGGACCCCGCACGCACGCUCAUGGUGGGUGACCGCCUGGAGACCGACAUCCUCUUCGGCCACCGCUGCGGCAUGACCACCGUGCUCACACUCACAGGAGUCUCCCGCCUAGAAGAGGCCCAGGCCUACCUGGCAGCCGGCCAGCACGACCUCGUGCCCCAUUACUAUGUGGAGAGCAUCGCAGACUUGAUGGAGGGGUUGGAGGACUGAGCCCACUGCACCUGCAGCCACAGGCCCACCCCUCCCCGCUCCCUGAUCCCGUAGGUGGAGGCGAUGGGUCACAAGCUGUGUCAGGCACCACCGGCUCCUUCACCCAGUUCUGCACCGGGGUGGGGCUCGGACCCAGGGAAGGUUUGAGAGCCCUUGCAGUCCCCUCCCAGCAGUGGCCGGGCAUUCUUUGCUAUCCCAGAAGCUGGUCUCCUACGGGUUCAUCUUGGCCUGAUCCAGCCAGGUGGCCUUAUUUCCUGCCCUGUCACCUCUCCUCCUUGAAAUCUGGGCUCUGGUGCCCCCUGAAGAUUUUCUCCAGCCCUGAGCACUUAGUUUUCUCCUGCUUCCCUGGGGCUUCUAGAGCUCUCCCCGCCCCUCAGGUCCUGGCCCUUGGGUCCUUGUUAACGAGAGGUCUAGGUAACCACAACCCUUAUUGUCCUGAGUGGACCAAUCCAAAGGCAAAGUGACAGUGACUCAUUGAUGUUGAGUCCUGUAGGGUACCAAUUUAGGCUCCUAAGUAAUGUGACCCUUUCAUGUCCUGGAGCCUGAGUGGACCAAUCUGAAGCCUCAGUGACAGUGACCCUCACAUGUCCUAGGUCCCUGGGUGGACCCAUUGGGACCCCAAGUAUUAGUGAUUCAGUGAGUGAUCUUUUAGAUCCUCAACAGAACAAUCCAGAAGUCUGCAAGACAGUGGCCCUUUGAUAAUCUGGGUGUGACAGGACCAGCUAGGGGUCCAGGUUUUUUUCAGUCAGUAAAUAAGAGUG